UUUUUCAACCUAUGUAACUUAUGUAGUUGAGUGAUCCUACCACAGACUCACUGAAUUUUACACAGAUGUGAAGAAACAAAACAGAGAAAUAUGAUAAAGAAAAUGGCAAUGUCCUAAAGUGCGCUAAAGCGUUUAACAUGCGACGAUCACCAAUCUGCAUUAUAAGGUAUGUGUGCAAAAACUGCCUCACCAAAAAUAAGUUUAGUAUGUUAAUGUAAAAAUGGAGUCUUAGCAGAUUCUCUGUGAUAAACUGAAAAUUCUAAUUCUUUACCCCCCGCCCCCACACAGCACAAACUUUAAUUGGCUUUUAAAUCAAGUUAUGGCUCACAGAAAAAGUUUAAUUGCUAAGAUCUAGUGCCAGUUAAAUAGGAACGAGAAAUACAUCCAAUUUUAUACGUCCAGUAGCCCGUAAUAAUUCAAAUUGCACUAGACCAACAAAAGCAUUGCUAUGACCAAAGGUCUUAAAUGUGAGUUUGGCAGUGCUUCCGGUUAAAUUACACAUACUUAGAUACACUCACAUAGUGAAGCAUAAAAAGUUGCAGACCAAAAGUUCAUAAAUCAUAUCUUCUUUUCUUCAGAAAUAUAUCACUUUCCAUAUCCUAGGUUAAUACCCAUUUGGGAAGGGAAUUCCUUCUUCAUUGUUCAUUACACCUUCCUCUAUCUUUGCCCAGCCCCCAUCCUCUAGAUUUCCCUGCAGACCAAAGAGUCCCCAUUUCUAGCCAAAUUUACAGAGAUAUAUAACUGAGGAGCAGGGUAAAAGCGAGCAGAAUGUGAGGAAGUAGGUUGGAGAAACAAACCCUGAAAAACACAUGGCUCCUUUAUACUCUUCAUUCAUUCUGUUAUAUCUACUACAUCACUUUCUGUGCCAAGCACAGUACAAGUUAUCCAUAGCCCCUCAAAAUCCAGUGGUGUCAUUGUGGGCAUCAGUUCAACUUAACUGCUCAAUCAAUUGCCCUGGAGGCUCUACUGCCUGGAAGGGACUUGAUACCAACCUCGGAGGCCUUUAUAUAGGCACAGGCUUUAGCGUGCUGAACAUUCAGAAUGCCAGCAUCUCUAUGGAGGGGACCAUGAUAUGUGUUGGAAUCUGCCCUGGGGCUGACAAAAAGCAUUAUAUGGGCAAUGUGGUCCUGCAUGUAUAUGCCCUGCCAGAGUCACUGCUCCUUAGUGCGCACCCUGAAUCAGAGCCCCCAUCUCUGCAUUGCUUCAUGAGGGCGGCAUUUGUGACAUCAGAAAUUAAAGUCAAGUGGUUUAAAGGUUUAGAGAGUUUGAGGUCCUCCAACCAGGAUGAGAAGUGGUAUGAAGAUGAGAAUGGCUUAAGCUAUUAUACAUGGAUUCUGCCAGUUGCAGGAGAUGCUGAGUGGGCACCAGGAACCUCAUAUCGAUGUGAAGUAGAAAUAGAUUUUAGUGGACAUGUGUUUACAAGAGAAGGAAUCCUGCACCUUCCACCAAAAGAUACAACUGUCAUAAAUGCAGUCACCUCCCAAACUGUAGGCCUCCACGCCACCAGUGCAGAAAGUUCGACCAUCAUCUAUACUGUCCCAUCCUCUAAAGGAUACACUAAAACCUUGCACAAAGUUUUGAAUCCUACACAAGAAUAUGAGUCCAAGUUACCCAUGGACACUGGCACACAGGCUGUUCUGAAAAGUCCAUCAGAGAGUCACACGCAGCUUAUAACUGCAACUAUACCAAGCAGCAUCUUGCCAGUCAGUGAAGAAAACCACAGUAGCCAUCCUGUCAGAAGGUUUACAACAGCCAUGCCAACUGCAUUUCAGAAGGUCUUUCAAACAGUAUCUGCCAUUAAAAGAAACACAACCAAAACUGUUAGCACAAAUAUUAACAUUCUAAGGUAUUUCAAAACCCUCACUGGCUUUCAAGGAACUUCAUCUGUCUCUCUUGCCUCUCAUACUACUGAACAUGGUAGCACCAUGAAAGAAAGCCAAACAUCUAUUCAUUCUUAUAACACCCAACCAGGUAAUCUCAAGAUGGAAAGCCUUUCAUCUAUUUCUGCAGAAGGGACAACAACCCAAACGAUGUCUGUUGAACAUCCAUCCACACCAUUACCACCUGUUCCUCAAAGUAGCAUGCCGAAUAGUUGGGUACGACUAAGCCCUUCUCCUAGUCCUACUACAAUAGGUCAAUUUGAGUCUUCCCAAGAGAUCCCUGCUACAAAUGAAAUUCCUAUCACAACAGUUCCAAAAGAUGGAUUGGCAUUAACCUGGACCAUUGUCCCAGCAUUUGGCCUAAUAGGAAGCCUUAUGCUCUCAUUUCGACUUUGGAGAGCCUUGAAACAGAAAGGCUCCUUCAUACCUAAACAGCUGUAUCCUGAGCAGAGUUGGUCGGUCAAGCAGAAUGGGAUUUCCAAUAGGCAGUUCUUACAUUUAAACUCACCAUGAUGCCAUAGCAUUUGAGACAAAAGACUAAGAUUGGGCUAUCUGUUAGAAACAAGCCUACAGAGCCUACGAAAAGCAGAUGGAAUGUUCCUUUUGCAGUCAAAACUGUGACAAUAGACUUUAAAAUAACAACUAUCGCUAAACUGCAGCAUUUUACUAUGCUGUAAAAUAGAUUCUGUACUGACUUCAUGUUAAGUCCUACAUAUAAUGUGAUUUGCCAGUGGCAAACUUAGAAUAAUAAAAUGUUAUUUCUAUUUUUGUAAUCAAAAUUAUCUGUGUUUGUCAUUUAGGAAUAUACUUUUCUUAUUAUUAAUUUUUAUUGCAUCUCUGGCUUUAAUAGGGAGCCAAUUUCUCCAAAAAAAAAAAAAGAUGGCUAUAUAUAUUAUUCAUUAUA